UGACGGUGGCGGUGAGCGGAAGGAGGUGCUGAACGGCUGCGGAGCACGCGCGCGCACACACGCACGCACCGCUACAGGGAAGAUGGAGGACGAUGUGGCCGCAGCGCAGAGGACCUGCAUCCUUUAGCAACAUCACUCCUGUGAGCAGUCGUUUCCAGCAGCCUUCGCUCUGUUGAUGAUGGAUUCCUAAGCCGUUCUCUGACACCACUUUACCAACCCGACAGCCAUGAACCCCCAAAAGACAGAGUUUGUUCAGGACGUUAUGGAGGCGAUGGAUGGUCCUUCUCGCCAUCAACACCACCCCAGCCUGUCCCAUAACCACAGCAACCAGGACAAGCGCUACAGAUGCUGUGAGACUUCAGCUGGUGUCACAACAGAAAUGGCCAGUGGUGCAAAUGCUGAAAGCCGAGUUGGGAUGCUACAGCACCACAAGCCACAGGAGGAGCAAGACGCGGAGCUGCAACAUGGAGAUCAGUCUUCUAAGCCCCACGAGAUCCAGCCCAUUCCCCGACCUGCUGUGACACGUUACCGCAGACAGGGCGACAGUGAGGCCCGGCUCAGAACUCAACAACAGAGGAACAGGAUGAAGCAGCAGAGGGAGGCGGAGAGAGCGCAACAGGAAAGGGAGCAGCACGCUAAGAUGACCAAGGAAGCUGAAGGUGAGAGGGAGGAUUCUAUGCUGGCCCGCUCAGCAAGUACUGAGAGCGGCUUUCACAGCCAUACUGACCGUGCAGAGGGAGACGAUAUCCCAGUGAUGAUGUCUCUGGAGCCUGAGGCCCAGCGAGAGUCCGAGGAUGAUGCAAACAGCUACAGCCUCCCGCUGCGGCCCGAGGCAGAAGAGUACACUGAAAGUGCAGAGGCUGAACAGCAGCAUCUCCAUUCACAUCCUAACUAUGCUCUUCAGUUCCUGAUGCUGCCGCGUGAAUCCUUACUUAAUAUCCAGAAUUCCCAAAGAGAAGAUAAAGCAGAGGAGACACUGAAUGGUGGCUACUCUAACUGUGUCUACACCCAAUCCUACAGCCAAUCGGGAGCGAGAACCUGUGUCUCAUCCAGUCAGGACUUGGAAAGUUUAGAUGCUGGACUUGAAGCGUACUCUGAGCCAUAUGACACGUAUUCGCUCUCUGAGCAUGUGUAUGAGGAAAUAUGUGACGCUCCAACCUCAGUGUCAACUUCUGCAAGUGUGGCAAACGAUAGAGAGUCUCGACAGCAGGCGGCGACCGGCUUGCAGCUGUUGCAGAGCGGGGCGGGAAAAGGCGAUUACCAUCAGCAGGAGGCCGUGGGCUCCCGUCUGCGGCACUACGAUGAACGUUCAGAUGGUGAGUCGGACAGUCCAGAAAAGGAGGCAGAGUUUGCUCCAUAUCCUCGUGUCGACAGCUGCGACCAAGAAGACGAUACUGAUAACAGUGUUAACGGGGCUAAAAAAGGCUCACAAAGCUUUGAUCCUGCUGCAAAAGAUUCCACAGACAAAGAAGAAAAACGCCAACCGGACAAAUUCUCUCACAAAAGCAACAAGACUGCCAGUCGAGGGAAGUCGGCCAAGCAGCAGGCUGAGACUCCUGUGAAGGAGCCAGUGAGGAACAGUGUGGAGAAGAGGGAUGCUAUAUCUUUAGCCAUCAAAGACAUUAAGGAGGCCAUAGAGGAGGUGAAGAAUAGAACAGUCAGAUCUCCUUACACACCUGAUGAGCCAAAGGAACCUGUUUGGGUAAUGAGGCAGGACUUAAGCCCCACUGCUGAAUGUGACCUGCCGACAUCACUCGGGGCCGAUUCGCCUGGUUCAGCGUCACCUUCUCCACCAGGAGCAGAGUCCUCCAGUCAGCACCUGCUACAGCACGACAGCUUUGAAACCUCUCCCACCAGUAAAGAGUCCAGGAGAAGCCUUGCGUCCUUUCCCACAUAUGUGGAAGUUCCAGGUCCCUGUGACCCAGAUGACCUAAUUGAUGGAAUCAUCUUUGCAGCCAACUAUCUUGGCUCCACUCAGCUGCUGUCAGAUAAGACACCAUCGAAGAACAUCCGAAUGAUGCAGGCACAGGAAGCUGUCAGUCGGAUUAAGAUGGCUCAGAAAUUGGCCCAGAACAAGAAGAAGGAACCUGAGGGUGAGCCUCAGCCUCUCACAGAGGUGGAUCUUUUCAUCUCUACCCAGAGAAUAAAAGUGCUCAACGCUGACUCUCAGGAAACUAUGAUGGACCACCCUUUGCGGACUAUCUCCUACAUUGCUGACAUUGGCAACAUAGUGGUUCUGAUGGCCCGGCGCAGGAUGCCUCGCACUGAUUCUGAGGAGAACGUGGAAACCUCAGAGCCAAGUCAAGACAGCAAGCGCCAGUAUAAGAUGAUCUGCCAUGUGUUUGAGUCUGAGGAUGCCCAGUUAAUUGCCCAGUCGAUUGGACAGGCCUUUAGUGUGGCCUAUCAAGAAUUCUUACGGGCCAAUGGCAUUAACCCUGAGGACCUCAGCCAAAAGGAAUACAGUGACCUGCUGAACACUCAGGACAUGUACAAUGAUGACCUCGUGCACUUCUCCAAAUCUGAGAACUGCAAAAAUGUGUUUGUAGAGAAAGCUAAGGGGGAGAUUCUGGGCGUGGUCAUCGUGGAGAGUGGAUGGGGCUCCAUCCUACCUACAGUCAUUAUUGCCAACAUGAUGCAUGCUGGGCCAGCUGAGAGGUCUGGCAGACUGAACAUAGGAGACCAGAUCAUGUCAAUCAAUGGAACCAGUUUGGUGGGACUGCCACUGUCCACCUGCCAAAGCAUUAUAAAGGGUCUGAAGAACCAGUCUCAUAUCAAGCUGAAUAUUGUGAGAUGUCCCCCAGUGACUACUGUACUCAUCAGACGGCCAGACCUGCGCUACCAGCUGGGUUUCAGUGUCCAGAAUGGCAUUAUUUGCAGCCUAAUGCGUGGGGGCAUUGCCGAACGGGGCGGGGUCAGAGUUGGUCACCGCAUCAUCGAGAUCAACAGCCAGAGUGUGGUGGCCACGCCCCAUGAAAAAAUUGUCCACAUCCUGUCCAGUGCUGUGGGAGAGAUUCAUAUGAAGACCAUGCCUGCUGCUAUGUAUCGCCUGCUGACCGCCCAGGAGCAGCCUGUUUACAUUUAACCCACAAACUGACCUCACAGAUCAACUCCCUCAGCCCAGCCCGGACCUCAUCCUGUAUAGCUGAUGAAUUGUAGUGAGUUGUUAAGAUUGUUCUGUUGCUCAAACUCAUCUAGCUGCAACACAAAAACCAAUAUUAUCCAUGUGUAUGUAGGCUUUUAUUAUUACAAUAAAAAGAUGUUCACACCAGAUACAUUUUCAGUACCUAGUCGUGCCCCAGAGUCUGCAGAGUUUCUUCAUGGUUUACUGUUGAUAUUUUGAAACACAAUAUAUAGUAACGUGUAUUGCCGCUUAGUUCAUGAAACUAAAUCAGUUUCCUCAUUGUUAAAUUAGAGGAAUGAUGUUUGUUUUGCACAGUAAAAAUCUUAUUUCCAAUCUUACACAUGAGUCACAUCCAGACACAGUUGUGGGCAAAAGUUUACAUACUUUCAUGACAUUGUGGGUCACUAGAUGCUUUUGGUAGCCAUCAACAAACCUCUGGUGAAAUUCCAGCUGAAUAUUUGAUCACUCUUCUUGCCACAAUUAGUCAAGUUCAUUUAAAUUGGUUGCUUUUCUGGCAUGGACCUAUGCUAGGCCCAAACAUGCUGAGGAAAGCUAUUCCAGAAGUAGAUGAAACAUUACUUGAUGUUGUCUGUCUUCAUGCUCAAUCAUCCAGCUAAAGAAAUCCCAAAAAGUCUGGCCGCAGAGUUUUCAGUGGGAGAAACGUUUCGUCAUCA